AAUCCUGCAGGCGCCCCUGCAGUAGACCAUGCAUUUAUUAUAUUACAGGCAUACACUCUUGAAACCACUUACACACACUGAUCCCAUAUAGAAUAAAUUGCUCAUACACACACACACACACUUCUCUAAAGAUUCCUACAAUUAGUUCUUUCAGGCAACUCCAGACUAGAGGCCCCCCAGUCUUGAUGGAUGUGUGCACUCUGCCCUGCUCAAAGACUUCUUUGUGGGACUUAUAUUUAUAAAGCCAGCCUGCACCUUCUGUUCAGACCCUUUUUACACUUCCAUCAUGAGAGCCAUAUGCAGUGCCGCUCUCCUUCUGGUCUGCUUCAUCUGGGCCAUCAAUGCUCAAGCUCAGAACAGCAGCAACCAGGGGAACAGCAUUAACAACAUUGAGAGCACCCAACACAGCCGACAGCAGCCUCAGCCUAAAGGAAACAUCUGGGAUGAGCCCAUUCGUUUCAGCACCAAAGCAAAAGAUACCUGCACCAUGGUGAUCUCUGGCCAGGCCAACUUCACCAAGCUGCGUGUCUCCUGCAAGAGCAAGGGCAAGUCAUACUGGUGCGACUUCCUGGGCAAACCUAACCUCUGCAGACCGUACAACAGCAACCCUCGGCACUUCUUCACUCAGAUCAUGUGGGAUAUGAGGAAGCUCCACAAUGCCUGCCAGGGACCACGAGUGUACAAGCCACAGAUGUGCCGCUCUGCUUCGGAUGAGGUCCAAAUGGCAUUCCACGCCUCUUGGCCCAAAAUCUCCUUUCCAAAACCAACCCAGACUUCUCAGAACCAGCAAAAGCAACAGCAGCAGGUCAAGUCCAGCAUCACCCCUACCAAACCUCCCAGCCACAAGCAGCAGCCUAAACCACAACAACCAGCCAAACCAGCCUCCAAACCAGUCAAGCCCGCCGUUUCCAAGCCCGCUCCACCACGUAAACCUGCAAAGACCAUCACAGCGAGACCCACUGUGGCAGAGGAGAGUCAAGCAACCAAGAUGGCAGAGGAAUACUGCUGGAAAAGUCUCCAGGGCGUCUGCGCAUACUUCAUUAGCUGGUUUCAUAAUUAAUUCAUCACCACCUUUGGUUAACAGUGUCAGAGACUUUCAGAUUGUCUGACUACCCGCCAAGUGUUUUCUCAAGGGACCUGUGUUUGUGUGUGUGUGUGUGUGUGUGUGUGUGUGUGUGUGCGCGUGCAUGAGAUAAUGUAAUUAUGACUGCACUUGUGUGCUUAUGUUUGUUUUUCUGUGAGUGAAAUUGAAAACAAAUAUGAAAAAAGAAACUUAAAACGUCGAAAAUGUUUAAUAAAAACAUAUUUCAGAAUUCUCUGUAUAUGGUGUCUGGACAAAAUCAAUGUUACAAUUUUUUUUAUUUGCCUGCUUACUUUCAUAUCUGGACACAAAGUACAAUACAAACUAAAGGUUCUUUAUCGACAUCUGUGGUUUAAAAGGUUCUUUAGAUUAUUAUUUUAUUAGACUAUUUUUCCCUAAGAAAAAAACAUUAACAUUAAUUUUGAUAGGAUACAUUUUUCACAAUAUAGUCUCAAGAAUAACAUGUAAAUCUGAAUCUAAAAAUCGAAAUAGCCUAAGUAAUCUCAUGCAGCAAAUAGUUACAUCAAUUUCCAACUAAAUAAUUUUGAGAGAAAAAUCUGGAGCAGAUCUAACCUGAUUAGCAUGGGUUCUAAUAAAUUGACCUAAAUGACUGAAUAUUACCUAAAUAAUGCAUAUGCAUAAUUGACCUAAAUAAAUGCAUAUUGCUAAACAAAAAUCAAAUGUAAUUUAAAAAGAUCAGCUUUUUCUAGAACACAAAAAUAAGGGGUGGGGUGGGGAGUUUCAAAGCAAGUAUGAUUUUUGUUUUACACAACAUGUCAGAGCGCAUCAACAACACUAGGGGGCAAUGUUACAUGUCAUUUUAAAAGACUCAAAUAAACUGGUUACAAAACA